AUGAACGAACGUACACACAGAGAGAAGCAUUCCCGAAAAAAAGUUACGGUUAAAGAUGAAACGAAAGAAAAGGCAAAAUUAUUGAAAGCACAAAAAUUUCAUUCCGAAUUGACAAAUCAUUUGAUCAAGAAAUCAACUUGUAAAGAUCUUGAUUCAUUGGAAUCAUUGGCACGAUUAUUACAAAUUAAUCCUGAAUUCGGUACAUUAUUUAAUUAUCGUCGAGAAAUUCUUUUAAAUUUCAAACAAUCAUUGGAAACUAAUGAACAAUCAUCCGAUGGAGAUGAUCCGGAAAAACAACCGACAGAAGAAUUAUGGAAAAAAUUUGAUCAAUUAUGUGAAAAAGAAUUGAUGUUUACGGAAAAUUGUUUACAAUCUAGUCCAAAAUCCUAUGCAACAUGGCAUCAUCGUAUCUGGUUGAUAAAACAGAUGCGUAAUCCGAAUUUCAACCGGGAGCUUGAACUUUGCAAUAAAUGUCUUUCGUUAGAUGAACGAAAUUUUCAUUGUUGGGAUUAUCGUCGUUUUAUUGUUCAAUUUGGAAAAAUACCAACAAUGGAUGAAUUUAGAUUUACAUCGAAAAAAAUUCUGGAUAAUUUUUCAAAUUUUAGUUCAUGGCAUUAUCGUAGUAGUUUAUUUCGACAAUUAUUAGCCGAAAAUUAUGAUCAUAAAGAAUUACAAUCAAUGAUUGAUAAAGAUUUUGAAACAGUUAAAAAUGCCAUAUUUACCGAUCCAAAUGAUCAAUCACCUUGGCUUUAUUUUCGUUGGUUGAUUGAUUUUGAACAAGAACUGUUAUCGUUUGGUGAUGAAAAAGAAAUAUCACCAAAAUGUUAUCCACAAAUUGAACGAUUUGUUUGGUCACAAAAUCAUCAUCUAUUAGCAAUCGAAUUCAAUCGAUCAUUGGAUCGAUUUCCAUUCGAAAUCCGAAUUAAUCAGCAAAAAAUUGAUCUGAAUUCAUUUCAUCCAAAAUUUAAUGGAAAAAUAUGGAUUGUUCGAUAUGUUGAUCAGCCAAAUACAUCAUCAUCUGAUUCAAUUCGAUUUGAAUUUUCCAAAAAUCAAACAACAAUAUUGAAACAUGAAUUUAAUGUUGAAAAUAUCAAUGAUUGCUGUGUUUAUAAUCGAAUUUUCGUUGAUAAUGAUUAUGGUCAACGACAAAAUAUACGUACGAAUUUAAUUCGUAAAAGAAUUGAUGAUCUUAAUGUUUUAUUGGAAAUUGAAUCCGAUUCUAAAUGGCCAAAUUAUAUGUUGACCAUUGCAUUGGAUACGGAUAAUUUUGAAACAAAUUUAAACGCUAACAACAAUAACAACCGGUUGGAUAGAUUAAUUUCCAUUGAUCCAUUACGUUGUAAUUAUUAUAAAGAUUUAAAAAAAAUGACCAUAUUGAAACAGAAGUUAUUUUCCAAAGAUUUUGAUCAAAUUAUUAAACAAAUUUUAUAAAUAAAAUCAAAUGAU